CUUCAACUCAUUUUGAAAUUCUAAAGUUAACGACCGGGCAAACCUCCAGUGAUCCCAAGCUUUUGAAUGUUUGGCUUUCAUGAGAUUCGAAUAUGCGACCUCAUAAAGAACGAACACUUACUUGCUUUAUCAUAUUCAAUUGGCCAAACCCACAUGGUCUCGUCCUAAAAGAGCUACAAUUGACUUGAAACCAAAACACACCCCCAAUCUCCAAAUACAUAAGUGCUCACUCAAUACUUCACAUCUAAUGAAUCAAAACACAAGCAAAACCAUAAUGGUAUCCUCCUUCAAAAAAUCACUCCUCUUUCUACUUCUUGAUUUCUUCCCUAUUUUCUUCACUACCCCCUCCUCUGCUUUCAACUUUAAUGAAGAAGCUGCUACAAUAUCACUUCUCAAAUGGAAAUCCACCCUUCAAUAUACUAAACCCAGUUCCCCACCUCUCCUAUCCUGGAAAUCUUCUGAACCCAAAAAUUCCUCUUCAUCGCCAUGUCAAUGGCAAGGAAUUAAGUGCAACGAGCACGGAACGGUCAUCGAGAUAAACCUCAGGAAUUUUGGCGUAAAGGGUAAGCUUUCGAAUUUCGAUUUCUCGUUGUUUCCUCACUUGCAGGGUCUUGACCUGAAAGACAACUCCUUUUACGGAACCAUUCCUUCCUCCAUAAGUAACCUUUCCGAACUCAGUUUCCUAUCUCUGUCAAGAAAUCAAUUCCACGGACCAAUCCCGAGUUCGAUUGGUCUCCUCGGGAACUUGAGCGUUGUGCUUCUCUAUUCAAACUAUCUUUCGGGAACCAUUCCUCCCUCGAUAGGGAACUUGACAAGGCUCACCUACUUGAGGUUACACUAUAACGAAAUUUCUGGCUCCGUCCCUGCUGAAAUCGGAAAGCUAAGCUCUCUCGUCCUGCUAACGUUAUUUACAAACAAACUUAGUGGCAAUCUUCCUCUAGAAAUGAACAAUCUCACACAAAUGAAGGGACUAUUUAUAGGUGAAAACAAUUUCAGUGGCCAUUUACCACAAGAAUUGUGCCUUGGUGGAUCACUUGAGAAGUUUACUGCACCUGGCAACCAAUUUUCUGGUACAAUCCCACAAACCAUGAAAAACUGCACCAAGCUGAUGAGACUUAGGCUUGAGAAGAAUCGGCUGACGGGAAACAUAGCUGAAGAUUUCGGCGUAUACCCAAGAUUAGAGUACAUUGAUCUGAGUCAUAACGAUUUUUACGGGCAACUUUCUUGGGACUGGGGGCGGUUACAAAACUUGACGAAACUAAGCAUUUCCAAUACUCGAGUGUCCGGAGAGAUACCGGCUGAGCUUGCAGAAGCACAAAAAUUACAAGAAAUCGACCUCUCAUCGAAUCACAUCACCGGAGUUAUUCCAAAGGAAUUGGUGGAUUUGGCCUCGUUGCGCGUCCUUUUCUUAGACAACAACAAACUUUCAGGUAACAUUCCUGUCGGGAAUGGGAUGCUCUCUAGCAACCUUGAAAGGCUUGACCUCGCGACUAACAAUUUAACGGGACCGAUUCCAUCGCUUCUGGGGAAUUGCUCGAGACUGAGAGACUUGAAUUUGAGCCGCAACGAAUUAACGGGAGGCCUUCCGUUUGAGAUUGGCAAUUUGCACUCUCUUGAAAAUCUCGACCUCAGUCGAAACCUGCUGGCGGGAGAGAUACCACCACAGAUUGGAGAUAUGCUUCGGUUGGAAAUGUUGAAUCUCUCCCACAAUGAGCUUCGCGGCCGCAUUCCACCCACUUUUUAUGGAUUGCUAAGCUUGACGAAUGUUGAUUUGUCCUAUAAUCAGUUGGAGGGUCCUAUUCCUAACACGAAAGCCUUUCGCGAAGCUCUAGGGGAGGCAUUUGCGAACAACAGAAACUUGUGUGGAAACGCCCCCGGUUUGAAGAUUUGCCCUUCCACGAGUAGGAGCAAAGUUGACGGGAAGAAGCACAACUUAGUACUGAUUCUAAGCAUAAUAACUCCUUUUCUAAGUGUUCUUUGUGUUCUAGUUGUAAUUCUUAUAGUUUUGUCUCUUCGUCGAGGAAGAGCAAGACAUGAGGGAACCGAAGGGAGCGCAGAAAACAGAUCAGGGCGAGAAGUGGAGCAGGACAAUUUGUUUGCUAUCUGGAGCUACGACGGCAAAAUGUUGUAUGAAAACAUAAUCGAAUCGACGGAAGAGUUCAACUUGAAAUACUACGUUGGGGAGGGAGCAACAGGGCUCGUUUAUAAGGCUGAGCUGCCAAACGGCCAAGUUGUUGCUGUGAAGAAACUUCACUCGUCGCAAGAUAGUGAAGCUGAAGCAGCAACCAACUUGAGAUGUUUCGCGGCUGAGAUUCGUGCGUUGGCGCAAGUAAGACACCGAAACAUUGUGAAGCUUUAUGGGUACUGCUUCCACACACGACACUCGUUCUUGGUUUACGAGUUCUUGGAGCAGGGAAGCUUGGGAGCGAUACUAAGCAACAACGAACGGGCAGUAGGAUUCGGAUGGAUUGAGAGGGUAAAUGUGGUUAAAGGUGUGGCGAAUGCUUUAUCAUACAUGCACCAUGACUGCUCUCCUCCUCUGGUUCAUCGAGACGUAUCGAGCAAAAACAUUUUGUUGGAUUUAGAGUAUGAGGCUCACGUCUCGGACUUUGGCACGGCUAGGCUUUUGAAGCCUGAUUCCUCUAACUGGACCUCAUUUGCUGGGACAUUUGGAUAUACUGCACCAGAGCUUGCUUACACAAUGGAAGUGAACGAGAAAUGCGACGUUUAUAGUUUUGGAGUGGUAACAUUGGAGGUGAUCUUGGGAAGUCACCCGGGUGCCUUCAUCUCAUUUCUAUCGUUGUCAUCACCAAACUCUGCCGAUCACAUAUUGUUGAAGGAUGUCGUGGACCAACGUCUCUUGGCUCCAACGGAUCAAGUUGCGCAACAAGUAGUUUCCGCCAUGAGAAUUGCAUUCGAAUGCUUGUGCUCUACUCCGCAAUCUCGGCCAUUCAUGAACCAAGUUUCCAAAGAGCUAUCGACUCAGAAGCAUCACCUAUUGGCUGAGUCGUUCCUCUCGGUAACGUUAGGGCAACUAUUCAAUCUGGAACACUUAUCUUUACAAUAAAAGGCUACUGUUAGUACAAGUCGUAGAAACUCUUCCAAGUAUUUUCUCUACGCAGAGAAUGAUUGAGCUAGUUAUAUUCGCAAACCAAAAUACGAGUUUCCUAUAUUUUUUCAGACGUUUGUAUGCUCAAAAAAGU